UGUAAAAAACCAAUCAAAAGUUAGAUAUACAAUUAUUCUUAAUCAACCAAUCAGAAUUAAGAAUUUCCUUUAAAAAUAGCAUUUGGGUUUUCAGUUUAAAAUAUUAAUUAAAAUGGCUCCAUCAAAAUCACCAAAAGCAGAAGCAAAAAAAACAGUUAAGACUGUUAAAACAAAAAAAAAUACCGAUGACAAGAAGAGAUCAAGAAGAAGAUAAGAAACUUUUGCAUUAUAUAUCUACAAAGUUUUAAGAUAAGUUCAUCCAGAAAUUGGUGUUUCUAGAAAGGCUAUGAACAUCAUGAAUUCAUUCAUUAAUGAUAUUUUUGACAGAAUUGCUCUUGAAGCUAGCAAAUUAGUCAGAUUUAACAAGAGAAGAACUCUUAGUUCAAGAGAAAUUUAAACUGCUGUCAAAUUGUUACUUCCAGGAGAAUUGGCCAGACAUGCCAUUUCAGAAGGAACCAAAGCAGUGACUAAAUAUACAAGUGGAUGAU